AUGGCAUGAAUCAUGUCUGACUGUUCUCUCCAAAACACAGCACUGGCCCCUCCUCCCGCACUGCUGACCACCAAUAGGAAUGCAUCUCCUUCUCGGUCACCCUCCAAUCACAGCAGCCCUCGAGGUUCCCGGCAGGAUUUAGCAAAAGAGCAACGGGAGGACAGAGAGAAGACACAAGAGAUGCUGGAGGUGCUGCGGGACAAGGAGCGUCGUGCGCAGCAGCAGCUGGACCGCUGCGCAGAGGAGCGAGGGAGGAAGAUGGAGGAGCAGAGAAGGAAGGAGCAGAAUCGCAGGGCAGCAGCUGAGGAGAAGAGACGGCAGCAGCAAGAGGCUGAGAAGGAGAGGCUGGAGGCCCUGGUCCGCCGGAGAGCCGGAGGCGCAGAGAGACGUGGAGGUGGAGGUGGAGGGGGGGAGGCCCGGGACCACCUGGAUAACAGGCCGAAACGCUGGACAUGGGGAGGGCCGCCUGAUGGAGUGGAGGGUAACCCUAAGACCCCGCCCUGCCAUGCCAUUGGCUCCACUCAGCCCAAUGAGCUUCCUGCUGCUUCCAGCGCCAGCCAAUCCCGUAACGUUGGUGACUUCCUGUCUCCACCUAUGAUGGAUCAACCAAUCAACAAACAGCUCUCCAACUCUUCAGCUGCCCUCCAUUCACCAGAGAGAGUGUCUUUUGUGUCCCACCGAACAGCUUCCUCUAACAGUCACAAACCGUACAGAAGUUCCUCCAACCGCAGGAGCGUCGCUGGGCUCCCUGAAGAGAUGUCCAGAGCCAAAACACCCACGGGGGAGACUCCAAACACACCGGUCCGCAGUUCUUCCUUCAGGGCCAAUAGCAAGGGCCCCGCCACACCAAAACGGGUGAAGUCGACCAGGAGUCGCGCCCAGUCGCCCUGUUCCCCCGGCCAGUACCCCCCCUCCCCGCUCCGGCAGAGGGCCACCACCCCUGGCACCGAUGACAGGGGUCACUCUGAGGUCAAAGGUCACAGCACCCUGGAGAGGAAGUCAACCAAAUCUGAGACAUCAGAGAGAAAGAUCCCCAAAUCCACCAGCAAAGAACUGAAUGCAGAGUCCCCAGGCACGCCCACAGGCAGGAGUGUCGGUGGGACGACGGAUGCUGAGGAGGCGUCCAGACUGCUGGCAGAGAGACGACGUCUGGCCCGAAUACAGAAGGAGCAGGAGGAGAGACAACGGCAGGAGGAGGAGAGGCUGAGGGCCGAGGAGGAGCAGAGGAGGCAGCAGGAGGCGAGAGAGAGACAGCAGAGAGCUGCACAGCAGGCCGAGGAGGAGAGAGCGAGGCGGGAGGAGGAGAGGAGGAACAGGGAGGACGAGGAGAGACGGCAGAAGGAGCAGAGAUGGAAGGACAUGCAGGAUCAGCUGGACAGAGAGAGGGAGGAGGCUUUCCUGCGAGCACAGAAGGAGGCAGAGAGGAAGAGGCAGGAGAGAGAGCUGCUGCACAUCCAGGAAGAGCAGGAGAGACUGCAGAGGAAGAAGAGAAUUGAGGAGAUAAUGAAGAGAACACGGAAGAGUGAAGUGGAGCCUCUGUCUGCUGCUGCAGAGGCAGUGGUCCCCUCUGAGGAGGAUGCCGCAACCCCGGCUGAGGCCCCCGUCAUCAUGCUUGGACCCCUGGAGAAUAAGAGCUGCAUGGACGAGCUGUCUGACGGAGUCCAGUCCAUGGACGUCAGUUCUCCAUCUGUCUCCAUCAGUCCAGUGUCCAGGGAGGAGCAGGCGAGCGCUCAUGAGUUUUCACCUGUCACAGAGGGGACGGACGGCUGCCCUCUGGAGCACCUGAUGGACCUCGACGCCCACGGACGAGGACAGCGUCAGGGUGCAGAAACGCCCCCGUACCCCAAACUGCAGGCCGGCAGCGGGGUCGGAGACCUCAACAAGAACCUGCUGAUUCAAGCGUACAGUGCCGCCUCUGAAUCCUCCCAGCUCAUCCACAGCGUCGGCCCGAGCAAACUGGACAUCCAGUAGCCAGGACCUUUUUAGGAGUUGGCAGGUUUGGUGGAAACAGGAGAAACAGCCCAAGAGACCAUCACCUCUGUCGUCAACAACAACAACAACAAUCAUCACUUCCACAAGGAACAAGUGCUGAACGACUCACUUCACAUCUGUAUCACCAAACCUCGCAAACUCAUAACAGUAAAGCUUCUGGACACAUUUUGAGGCAGUGCAAAUGGGCAAUUUUGACUCUCACAAACAAGACGUAGUUGGUUGACAAAAUCAUGCAAAUAAUGGGAAGUAUACUUACAUCAUUGUGUCAUGUGACAGAAGAGAGAAGAGAAGGAAAUGGGAGGCAAGCACUGCUGCAUGUUUGUCAAAUGAGAAAGUUAAGUUUAGGGAAGUAAAUUGACUGUAAACUUCAUCUAAAGCUGACUCAACACUUCAACAUGUUAUAAAAUGUGCAUAAGUCAGGUAUUCAACCUGUUCAAGGUCAACAUUAGCCCAAAUCUGCACACAUCAAGCUACUGUAUAAUUUCCAGAUGACUGUAUGUUUAGCAUUUCUCAGAAAAUUCCCAGACAUCUUACCACAUCUUUUCAUGAGCCUUUUGUUUGUGUCUGCUCUACAUCUGCAUUGCCCAGCUGCACUGCCACAAAAUAUCACUCGAGCAUCAUCCGCUUUAAUCUCUCGCCCCUGCUUUCGUAAAACUCUGUAAAUAGAUCCGACUGGGUGGAGGAGUCUGUCGUCGUAGGCGCGGGGAGCGGCUCUGUAGCAGGUUAUCUGGAGAGGAGCCGUAAAACAGACGCUGUUGUGUGAAUACUGUGUAGCAUCUUCAGUGAGGACUAGCUAGUUGAGCUGUUUCUGGUUGUAGCUGUGUACUUCAACAGUGUGUGAGAGAUUCUCUCUUUCUGUCAGUGUUUCUGAUGGUUCCUGUGUGUUUAUCUCACCUCUGACCUGCUCUACUGCUGACAGCGACUCCUACUUCUAUAAAAGCCAGACUGCUGUAGAUUUCCUGUCAUCCCGACGCUGGCGAAAAUCAUCAACGACUGAUAUUAUAACCUCGCCGCUGACCCAUAGCGCUCAGCCUUUAGCUUUGGUUUUUCCGCUGCUCAUCGACGAACGAUUUGUGGAGGUGCAACAAUCCGCAGUGAGAAUAUGAAGAAAACCUGGGAGGGCAAAAAUGUGCAGGUCAGGAAAAUGUUGACACAGUGUGUUGUGUAUUUGUCUGGCACUGACUGUAACCAUGCUAGCUGCGGUUUAGAGUGUGCACUUACAGUAGUUGUGUGUUUCACUGCUCUGAAGACGCUUGUAUCUCCCCUGCAGCUCAUUCCCCCAACUAAAAUAUACCUCACCAAUUCAGAACAGACUCUGGUAUGAAACAGCGUUCACCACCUCGCAGCUCAUCACCUCUGAGGCCUUAAACCUCUGUGCAGUCAACAUCUUCCCUUAAAACGACCCGCCCUCUGUGCUUUGCUGCCCGGCUGUGUUUCAUCCAGCAUGUGAACUCCUGCUGUUUAAAGCCACUUUUCCUUUAAAGUACCUGGGAGUAGAGAAACAAGAACUACAACUGUUCCUUCGGCAAGUCUGUUUGAUUUUCAGAGGCACCCAGAGGGGAGUGAUGGAAAAAUGGCAAUUAUGUGAAAGCAAGGUUGAAUUACCAGCAGGGCAAAGCUCCAGGAAAACAGGCUGUCAAGGGCUCCAGUAGCCCCAGGUUCUCCGUGUGGAUGAUCAGGGCCAUAGCCAGGAGUGUAGUCUAAACUCCCCCAUCAGGUCCCACCCACCUAAAACAAAUUGGGAAGUCACUAACCAGACUCUGUACAAUUUUAUGAUUAUUUAUGAAAAAUCGUGUUAUAUUUAUUUAAUUGUUCACUGCAUUUUCUUUAGACACCAACAAAACUCUAACGCAAAUUUUUGAGCAUUUAAGGAAAAUCCCAUUCUGUUCCAUCUAUUCCACUAUUUAGUUACAUUUUUAUGUUUUAGGGUAUCUCCUUACCAUUAUGGUCUCGGGCCAAGUUGUGGUAGAGAAUACUAAAUUUUAUCAAAAAUGUGCAAUAUGGUUUGGAACAUCACAUUCUAUUUAUUCAACAGUUCACUUAUGUUUUUGUCUGUGUAAUUUGUUUAGUUUAAGAGUGACAAGUAAGCUGGUGGGAGUGGUGUUGAGGAGCCCCAUGUAGGUUAAUGCAUGAUCUCAGUCACAGAGACCGUUUGGGUUUGGGAACUAUAGGGAGGAAAAAUCAAAUUUGGUGCAGAAAAGGUUCUCGACAAACCUUCUUGUUGUGGAAAAAUGGCUCUACUGCUCCUCCAAGGUGCCACAUUGAGGGGAAAAAGGUGUUAACCUGCACUGCUGCAACCUUCAGCAUAUUGUUUUUAUGUUUCCACUCUCCGGAUGGCUUCCCUCUCUUUAUGUAAGCUCAUUAUUCCUCCAGAUUUUGCUGAAACUCAUUGUAAGAGGGUCUCCUGGGUCCCCUUGUAUAUGAAGUAAAAAUAAAGGACAUAAUGUUUAUCCGAAUAUUACUUAACUCUGUGACACUGCAGCUUGGUGGAAUAUAUCAUUGUAGAUGUGGUGCAUGGAUAACUGCUGAAAAAGAACAAUAAACUUCAUCAUGCCAUGUGUGUCAGUGAGCUGGAUAAAUAAACAAAUGUAUAGUAAUGGCAAACAGACGGUUUUGGUUGGGGAACAGAAAUGAAGGGAAAUGUUAAAGAUUCCAAACUGUGUAAGAUGUUCAGUCUUUG